CCGCCUGCUCUCCCGGGCGGGCUGCUGGUGCCCGGCCCCCGCCCAGGGCUGCUGCGAGAAGCACGCCGCCUCUUCGGCCACGCGCAGGAGCUGCCCCAAGGCCCAGACGCCGCCGCCGGUCGGCCGGCGCCGUGGGCGCGCGGCAGCCCUGAUGCUGAUCCUCGCGAUGACCGUCGGGAUCGUCGAUGCCGACGCCGAUGCCGAGUCCGCGUACUACGACGACAACGUGGACAUGAGGGAGUUCUGGCUCGAUGUGCCCGUGGGCCCCUCGAUGCACGUGGGCGCGCCGCCGGACGGGGCGCCUUCCAGCCCUGGCGACCCCGUCCCGUCGCCGGCUGGGCCACCGAGCGUGCGCUUCGAAGCGCCGCCGGUUCCGGGCUUCCCCCAGCCGCCAACUCAGCCGCCUAUGCCCCUUGGACAACAUUUCAUUCUACGGGCGAGGGUGCAUUGGCCCGAGGGGGCGCAGUGGAUGAUUUUCAGAGGGAAAGCAGUCGAUGCCGUCGCGGCCAGCACGGUGGCCGACUACUUCGACGGUGCGCUGGCGCUCGAGGUGGCAGACCCAGCAGGCGUCGCCAUCCGCUUCCUCGUGAAGCCCGACGGCGUCAUCCGUGCGCCGUCUCCAGGACCCUCCGGACGCCUACCCGCAGGGUUCAUCGAGGAGCUGCUCCACCACGCACCCCUGGGAUGCGAGGAGCUCGGCAUCGGCGUCUCGGCGACCAACGUACCCGAGAAGGUUUGGCACAAGCUGGCAGCUUGGCAUGGUCUGCCCGUGGGUGGCCGAGCUGGCCCACUCAGCGAGGCACGCUGGCGGCUGCUCAAGGAGAAGGUGGUCGACCUAGUCAAGUGGCACCCUGAGGGGGGCGUGGCACCCAGUCCGAGCUUCGAGGCGCAGGCCACCGAGGCGGACGCCAAGCUGCGCAGCCAUUGGCGGCGGCUCGAUCGCAGCAGCUCGCCCAGGCCGCCCUCGGGGUCAACAAGAAGGAACUCUCGUUCGCCGUCAGCCGAGGGCGGACGAGCAGCCAGCUCUGAGGCGCCCGCGUCAGGAGAGAGUCAUCAGGGAGAUGAGGGAGGAGACAUGAUGGCCUGCUACUUGGAGGAGAAGGCCCGUGGGUCAAGCGAUGCGGCCGCUGUGCAGAGCGUGGCUGCUGGCUUCGGUGAGGAAGCCCAGCAGGUGCUCGCCGGCCUCAUCCGAUAUGCUCGAUACCUCAAGCAGCAGACGAAUGAGCCUGAGGAGCUCGUACGACUGGAUGGGCACAUUGGCAACUGGGAGGUGCUCCAACAGGUGCCCUCGCGACCACAGACCCCAGAGGCAUCGCCUAGCAGCCUCCAAGAGCUCCUCAAGCUCUCACCCGAGCACCACCGCUCACAGGGGCCGCCGGCCUCCACGGCCGACAGCGCGCCCCUGUUCGAAGCACAUCCAUCACUCUCGCCAGCGGUCGUCCUGCCGGCCUUCCCCGUCGGACAACGGGACGCCGGCCUCCCAGCUACCACGGCUGGGUUGGGCCCGGUCGUCCGCCCCCAGGCGCCGAACAUCAGGUCCCUGUUUUGCUACGACCAGCACGUCAGCGACUUGGGCCUGCCUCCAGGUUUGACCACGGCACCAGCACGCUACGCUGCUGGGGCCCGAGAGGACAGUGGGGGUGCCGACCCGUUCGGCCUCGUGCAGCCCGGGGCAGCGCUGGACGCGAACACCGCCAGGAUGCUCCACGCGUUAGAGGGGGUUGCCAACGCCCGGCAGGGCGACAAGGCGCUGAUGCUGCGACUGUCCGAGGGAACCCGCGCUGGCUACGAGACCGGCUGGAAGCAGUGGCAGAGCUUCAGAGCAGCCCAAGGGGAGUCGCCCUGGCUGGAGGGACGCGACCGCGAGGAGCGACACGCCAACGAGGAGGCACUGUUGGGCUUCGUCAUCGUGUUGGCUAAGGUGCUGAAGCGCACG